GAGCGCCGGCAACCCGCUUUAAUAGGACUCAUCUCUGAGCCCGUACAGCGCCGCAGAACAACUCAACAUGGUCCCGCUAUGAGGAGCGCCCGACAUGACCACGCCAAUCAAUGGAGCAUUACCGCCGACCAAGCAAAUCCGCUUCGUCAACAACCAAGGCCAGCCUCCGUCCAAGAGGCGGAGAAUCAAUGCAGCAUGUUUGACAUGCCGUAAGAGGAAAACUCGAUGCGCCGGAGAGAAGCCGGAUUGCUCAACCUGUAAGAAGAACGGUCACGUAUGUUUAGGGUACAACGACCUCGUGGACAGGAAGAGAGAAGGCCGCGAGGAUGACGGGUCAGCGGCACUGAAGAACGAACCUGCCGACAUGCCAGAUCUGAAGACUGGCACAAGCGCGAGCCCCGUGGAAAGGAAUGAUGGCGAGCAGCGGGAACGAGUCGGCUGGACGAGUAAGGCCGCCCCACGGCAGGCAGGGUUUGUCGACCAGGAGGACGCCACCGCGAGAACGUCCGUUUUGCGUUCCAGCACGACAGCCACGUCAAAGCGACCGCAUGAAGCUGGCAACGGUUGGGAACGAGAUGGCAAGCCGCAGGGUUCUGUUGCAACUCCCAGACGUCCCGAGGUGCCGCGGAACAGUUCGUUUUCAGAGGACAGCCGAAGCACGAAUAACCGCUCACCCGUCCAACUUGAACGCCACCGUGUGCCGUACUUUCGAUACUUUGGCCCCACUGCCAUCGUUCCCGGUUUUAAGCAGAUGGUGGUAAAUGUGUAUCGCGACAGCAGACGGAAGAGCCGAGGUAGCUCCUUCUCGACGGCCUCUCCGGGAUCACUUUUGGGCUACGGGAUCCAUCACAGUCACACCUCGAAGCUCGAAACCCCUCUCGAAACGCUUGACGACUUGCCCGUCUACGAUGUGAACAGUUCCGAACCAGUUCACGGUCUCAUCAUAUCCCUUGUCGAGACCUUCUUUCUUUACCUUGGGUGCAAUUACCGCUUCCUGCAUAAGGAUCGGUUCCUGCCGAUGCUGAAGGAGAAGCGGAUCGAGGCAAUCCUUGUUGAUGCCGUCUGCUCCCUGGCUGCCCGCUUCUCCGAGCAGCCCAUCUUUACAAAACACCAUGACGGAAAGCUGAAGCGGUCCGAAUACGGUCAUGUGUUUGCCCAACGAGCAAAGGCCGCGAUUGUCGACACCUUCCCCUGCCCCUCGGUCGCUGCUGUCCAAGCCUGCCUGCUGAUGGCGUACGAGGGGUUCGGCGCCGACCAGGACAGCGCUUUGUGGAUGUAUCUCGGCAUUGCCAUCAGGAUGGCCGUUGAUCUCGGGCUCCAAAAGAUUGAGGGUGUUAAAUAUCAAGGGGAGCGCGAUCCCUGGUAUACGAGGUACUGGAGCCGCAAAGAUCCCGAUGGGGAGGAUGGCCCGGACAACAAGCACACCGAGGAUGAGAAUCUUGGGGCCGAGGAACAACAGCAGGUGGAACAGGAGCGUAUCGACACGUUUUGGUCUGUCUUCAUCUUGGACCGCGUCAUCUCGUCAGGCACGGGCAGGCCUGUAACAUUCCGCGACGGCGAUUACGAGCUCUCGCUCCCACCCCCAACAGUUGAUCCCGUCACCCAGUGGCCUGACCCGUUCCCCCCCUUUGUCGAAAUCAUCCACCUGUACGGCCGUGCCUCCGACGUCCUCAAUAAUAUCCGGAAUGCCAACGACCUCACCGAGGAAAAGAUGCAUAAACUUAGGAUUAUGGAGCACGACCUGACAGCGAUCUACCAAAAACAGGAUCAACGUCUUCACUUCAACGCGCUCAACUUCCGCGAAUACGUCAAUGCGAACCAAGGAACUACCUUCAUCUUGCUGCAUUUCUGGUUCCAUGCCUUGGUCAUCAUCCUUCACCAGCCGACCUUGCUCACUCCCUUCCAUAACCUGAGCCCGGCCCAGCUGCUGGCCAAUAGUCCCGACCUGCCAAACAGCCGCGAGCUGUCCAUGUCGAGCGCCAAAACGAUUGCCGAUAUCCUUGCCUUUGCCGAGCUAAUUGAUCCAAAGAGCUUGAUUGCCAACCCGUUCACAACCCAACCCAUAUAUAUCGCGGCAUGCGCCUUCCUCAUGGAGUCGGUAGCCUAUACGUCGCAGGCUCCGUCGCGCGAGACGUCGGAGACACCGGAUCUCAGAGCCGACCAAUUCAAGUCGCCGGCUGCGAGGUCUGGAUUGGGCCACGAUGCACGCCCAAUGAAACAUCAAUUGCUUGCAUCUGCUGCCAACCAGAACUACCAGCGCUGCUACAAGAGUCUCCAGCAAUUAGAGCAAUACUGGGGUGGCGUUAGGUACAUCCUAGCGGCUCUCGAUCAAAAGUCCAAGGGCAUCUGGGAUUGUGAAACCUUCAUCAACGAGGAUCUGGAGGCAAUGAGGAUGGCAAGGCGAGGACCUCUAAGUCGCCUGCCCCGAUUUGAGCACCCCGCCUCUCCAAACGUCCCGCCCAUCGCGUAUUCGCUCACUGGCACCACGAACUCGCCCAAUUCCAACCUUACUGUCCUCUUCCAAGGUAAUUUCCCAGUUCAGCCUGGGCCGCCCGGCCCUGCUUUCACCGCUCCAGUGCCACCACAGCCACAGUCCGUUUCGGGGUCUGCGGCAACCCCUCCGGGCAAUAUGAUUUACGACCCUAUCCGGCAGAGUCUUCCAGAAACGCCCCCGGCGUUUCCCGCCGCUUAUUUGCAGCCCAAUGUCUCGGCCGUCCGCUAUCAACCUGCUCAGCCUAAGACACGCCGGAUUCCCGACUCGCCGGCCCUGGGCAAACCGGGGUUGAAAUACGAGUCGUCUUCGCCCACCGACGUGAACCAGAGCAGUUCGAGCCACGAUGUCAAGCCUCACAUGUAUGGGUCGCCGGCCAGCAACGGCCCGCUACACCACUCAUCCUACAAUCACUCUGCGUCGAUCCAGGCGGCAUUCGACGCCAUGCCCCACAAUCGUUCCCCUUCCAGCACGCCCACAGAUUCUGCAAUGGCCCAGCAGCAUGCAACACACGGCCACAGUCAUAAUCAGAAUCAGAACCCUACCCACAACCAGGGGAACGGGGUUGACCCAGUGAACAAUAAUAGCUACGAGGCAGAUUUUGCCCAGAGUGGCCUAGUGUCCGGAUCAUACCCAUACCUGGGCCUGAAUCCGAUCAACGACACCAUCACUUUCAACAGCCAGGAAGUCAACUUUGACAUGCUUGGUUUACAGGGAGAGAUGAUGCCUCCUUGGCUGGAAAUCCUACCGGGGGAUGUCCUCGGGGGAUUAUUCGAAGGCGGAAUCAUGGGAGGAAAUCAGCAAAUGGGGUAGGUAACCCCCUGUCGCUGAACAGAACCCAUAAGCAGACAAGGGUUACAAGACGAUUGAUUCUCGUUGAGUUGGGAUAUGGGUGUGGUGAAG